UUCACACCCUCUUCACACACACACACACACCCCUCCCGCCGCUCCUCCUGCCCGUAUUUCUGCCUCCCGCUUCGCCCGGGGAGCAGAUUCGGAGGGCAGCGCCGGGGAGUAGCGGGGAGGGUAGCAUGCGCCCCUGGAGCCGCUGCCAGGCGACCCCGCGGCAGCUCUUCCGCCUUCUCGCGCGCGCCCCCUCUCCUUCCGGCCGGCCGCGGCCUAGCGCCGUCGCCAUGGCAACCAAAGCCUCCGCUUUCCUGGACGAAGCGCUCUGCCGGGCCGUCCCGCCGCUCCCGCCUUACGAGACCCGGGAGAAGGCGGCGGCGCCGGCCGGGGCGGCGCUGGAGCAGCGGAGCGCCGAGUUCAUGCGCUUCUACCGGUCUCUGGGCGGCGGCGGCGGCGGCGAAGGGUCCCGGGCGGAGCUGCUGAGGCGCCUGGCGGGGGGCUUCGGCGUGGAGCGCGGGCGGGUGGCCGAGGCCAUGGCGCGGGUGCUGCGGCUGCAGGAGGGCGAGCCGGGCCCGCUGCUGCAGGCCGAGGACCGGCUGCGCCACGCGUUGACCCCGCGCUACCGGGGCCUCUUCCAGCACCUGGCGCGGCAGGAGGGCGGCCUGCGCUUCCUGGUGGAGCUGCGCCGGGAUCUGCUGGAGGCGCUGGCCGCACUGGACGCCCCGGGCCCGCACCUCCGGGAAAUGAAUGGAGUACUAAAGAACAUGUUGUCAGAAUGGUUUUCUACUGGAUUCCUAACCUUGGAACGAGUUACGUGGCAGUCUCCCUGUGAGAUUCUUCAGAAGAUUAGCGAUAGCGAAGCUGUGCAUCCUGUUCGAAAUUGGAUGGAUAUGAAGCGCCGUGUUGGGUCCUACAGAAGGUGUUACUAUUUUGCCCACUGUGCAAUACCCGGAGAACCCCUGAUUGUUUUGCACGUCGCACUGACUGAUGAAAUAUCCAGUAACAUCCAGGAUAUAGUAAAAGAGCCUCCCUUGCAGGAAGUAGAAGAUUUGGACAGAAUUACCACUGCAAUUUUCUACUCCAUCAGUUUGACUCAGCAGGGCCUGCAGGGCGUGGAGCUUGGCACGUAUCUCAUCAAGCGAGUGGUCAAAGAGCUGCAGCUGUACCCAAAAAUCUGUCUUUUUGUUUUGUUUCGGAACAAACUUGAAAAUCCGCAGGAUGAAUUUCCUCAAAUCAAAGCUUUCUCCACCUUGUCUCCCAUCCCGGGGUUCACCAAAUGGCUGAUUGGUCUGCUGUGCUCACAAUCCAACGAACUGGGCCGGGGAAACCCUUUCACGGAUCUGGAGAUGCAAGAAAUUUCGGAGAUCACGGGAGACCCCGCGGCUGAGAAACUGAAGCGCCUUUUCACAAACAACGGGUGGGUGAAGUCUGAAAAGCUGGCUCGGGUCUUACAGCAGCCCCUCCUGAGGCUUUGCGCCUGGUACCUCUACGGAGAGAAGCACCGCGGCUACGCGCUCAACCCGGUGGCCAAUUUCCACUUACAGAACGGGGCGGUGCUGUGGCGCCUGAACUGGAUGGCCGACGCCAGUCCCCGUGGCUUGACGGCCUCUUGCGGCAUGAUGGCCAACUACCGCUACUUCUUGGAGGACACGACGGCCAACAGCGCCACCUACCUUGGAACGAAGCAAAUCAAAGCCUCCGAGCAGCUUCUGUCCUUGGUCUCCCAGUUUCAGCAGAAUAGCAAACUUUAAAAUAAUCCCGGCGAGCCAAGGCUGUUCUGGCUAAACGGGAAUCUCGACUCGGUCCCACUCAAGGGAGAAGCGGGCUGCUGGUGAACCAGUAAGUUCUCUUCCGGAUCUCAUCAGGAUCUGCAGUUGGGUUGUCCUGGCCUCUCUCUGCCUGAUGUCGCCAGAGAAGAAGACCGCACGGUUUCUGGUGGUGCUUCCAGCAGGCUGAAUCUCAGGCUUUGCUCGACCUCCUCCCCUUAGAUAAGUGGUGGCAAUUUGUUGGUGGUUUCUGUGAAGGGCUUGUUGUCCCUUCUUCUCAGUCGAUCGAUAGUCUUGUUUCAUCUGCAUCUUUGACAGCACUAUUGAACCACCGAGCACUCUUGGACAUUAAAGGGAUCAAUAUCAGAGGGAGAAACAAGGAAGGCAUUUUCAUCCAACUGGGAAAACAAAACAGCAUGUUCUUAACACUUUUUCAAGAACUUGCUUGUUUUUUCCCCCCUCUGCUGUGCUGAAUUUUUGAUUCAGGUCACCUAAAUGGUGUAGGGUCUCCUGCUUGAGCUGGGGGCUGGAUUAGAUGACCUCCAAGGCCCCUUCCAACUCUGUUAUUCUAUUAUAUUCCAUCUCAAGGGUUUUGGGGGCAACAUCCGCCUGGAAAUGAAGCAUUUUGCUGCUAUGAAAUGGUUUACAAACAAUAACAAUUCAGCCAUACGUGAUUUGUUGCAGAAGUUUCAGAAACAAUAGUAUUUGAAAAAUGUAUCGAAUUAAGGAAACAAGAA